UGCUGUUGUUUUGUUUUUGAAGGAAAAAGGAAAAUGUUUUCCUGUGUAACACCUCACUGGACUACUUGCUUGCUUGGGAAGAAAACAAUGUUGGAAGGCAAUAUUGGAAGGCUUGGAGACUCCAAAUACCUUGCUCAAAAACUAUUACCUACCAUCUAGUUAAAAUAAGCAUCAUUAAUCCCACUGUGUUUGUCUCUCUGGAUAAUUAUAGCAGUAUUCAUUUUGUUCUCUGUAUUACAGAACCCAGAAUUCAAUGCCUGACAUCUACUCCCUUUUUUCCAAGUGGAAAAAAGAUAACUUGAGCAUGCUCUUGCCAGCAUCAGUCAUCUCAGAUCUUUAAAUUCAACUGCAGUAAAUCUUGCAAAUGAGUGCUUCUUUGCUGAAGUUGGCCAAAAAACGAGGACUAAGGAAGACUGGAGAAAUGUAAAGAAAACACUGAAGACUCAGUCAUGAUAAUAUGUUCAUGAGUUCAUUCAGAAAUAAAACAAGACAGCAUAGUGAUGGACAUCUGACCAGACAGAAGCCAGCAGUCCUCUGCAUCUGCUCCCUGUAACUGUUAUCCCUGCCCUAUGAGAUGAGUUCCAAUGUGAUGUGCCCUUGGUUUACAGCUCCUGCUGUGGAGAUAGAAGACCUCAGUGAGAAUGGGCACACAAUGAGUGCAGCAGUGUCACGAGAGGACAACUUGACUGAGAAGAGCCCAGUGGGCAUACUGGAGCUGCCUGACCUGACCCUGCAGAAGGGCUCUGUGAAGCUCCUCAAGGAGAGAUGGGAGUCUGCCAGUGCUCUGAGACCCAGCCUGGUGCUCCGACACCUGCCAGCCCCAUGGUCCAUGGCACCAGAGAAAAGCAGCCGCAGCAGCACCAUGGAGAAAGUCCUGGCAGACAGCGGGAGGGUGGAUGUGUUCAAGGAGGAGCCCCUGGGUGACCCUCACUGGAUCGAGCCCUUCCCCGUCACUGUGAAGGAACUGCAGAGCCGCUUUGAGACCCUGGGUGGCAGGAAGGAAGGAGAAAGUGGGAGAAGCUCACUGUCACCAACAUCAGCGAGUCAGCCUGGGAGCCAUUCAGACAUUUCUCUGAUGGAGUCCAGUGUGAAAAGAGGGAGAGCAAUCUUUGAGAAGAUGUCGUCAGAAAAUGGACAGAACAGCAAUGCUGAAGUUGCAGUGGGUGGUCGCAGACCUGUAAGAGGACUACCAGAAAAGAGCCCUCCCAGGACUGGCAACAUGCUGCUGGACUUCCAGGAGAAUGUCUCCUUGAAGGAAAAAAUGGCUCUGUAUCAGGCUGCUGUGUCCAAGGUAGAGAGCAGCAACUGCUUUGCCAAUAUUUCAGAGAAAAUGAAGUCUUGCACUUUGCCUGGAGGCCUGGCUGCAGUGAGGAAACAGUUUGAGAAAGGGCAGAUGACCUCUUCAAAGAUCACCUUUACUCGCUCCCAGCACCAGCACAAAUCUGCACAGGAGACCUCAGGAACCACUCAGCCCCCAGUAUCAAGCAGCACCAGGAAAGCCGAAUGCACUGGAAUGACUUCCAAAGAAAGCCCAGUGGAAGCCUUUCAAACACAAGAGGUUUCUCAUGAGGAGCAAGCUACUCCGGAGACAAAUGGGGCUUCUACAUUGAUGCAGCGUACUGAUGAAACAGUAACAAAUGCAGCUACGAAUGAGGAUGUCCCAAAGAUUUCUAUGCAGAUUUUAAAACAGCAUUUUGAAAGGACAGCUCAGGAAAAGGUUGUUCCCUCUGACAGAGAGACUGCAACAUCUGCACAAGUUGGACAGAAACUGCAGUUUUGGGAAAACGAAAUAUGCAAGCUCUGUCAACAGAGAGUUUAUCCAAUGGAACGCCUAGUGGUCGACAAGCAAAAUUUUCAUAAAUCGUGUUUCCGAUGUCACCACUGUAGCAGUCAAUUAAGCUUGGGAAAUUAUGCAUCUCUCCACGGACAAGUAUAUUGCAAACCUCAUUUUAAGCAACUUUUCAAAUCCAAAGGAAAUUACGAUGAAGGUUUUGGACACAAGCAACAUAAAGAGUUAUGGAAUUCUAAAGAUCAAUGUAGUUCAGCUGGCAAUAUUCACGCUGAAGAAAUAAAUCCCAUUCAUCGUACACCUGUUGAUCCUAAACCAAUUACAGAAAUUGAUCAAGACUUGUACUCAGGUACUGAAGGUAUCCAUCCUGAUAUUUUGGAUAUCAAUUUGAUAAUAAAAUCAACAGAAAGAGGUAAAUUAAAGAUGACAUGGCCUCCUCCAACAGAUGAUGCAGCACCUAAGAAAACAUUUUCUAUUGAAGAAGUAGCUAAAGUAAAUAAGCCAAAGUGGCCCCCAGAAGGCUUUGUGCAAGAAAGCUCUAGCUUACAUGCCAAUAAACCUUUGGGCAAUAAAAAUAAUCUGCAGAAAGGAAAUGCUCUGAGAGAGCAAAAGGAGAAUGACACUAUAAAUGCACAACAAAAUCAACACUCAGGCUUUAGCUCCCCAUCUGAAAAAGAAGCUAGGGGUACCUGUAAAAAUAAGGGCAGUAAGGGAAAAGGUGACGAAACUGAGAAUGUGCAAGGUAAACUGAAUAACACAGGACGAUCACAGAUUAGAGAGGAAAGUGGAAAGGGAAAUAAUGAGGGUGAUAAUGUGGUUGGGCAUAGUGCUGAGAAGGAGCGAGAGAAAAAAAUUAAUGAAACUGAUGAUUCUGGUGUUAUACAGGUUACUAACAUUGAUGAAGAAACAGUCCAAAAGAAUCAUAAAGAGUUCAAUAACAACAACAAUAACAUUUACACCACAUUUUCACAUCCAAACAUUUGUAGGGGGGAAACAAUUCUCUCAGCUCCAUCUAACCCAGUGACAGAAUUAAGCCAUGCAAUUUGCACUGCAUCACAGCAUGCCUUUGAAAAGCUGGAAAAUCAGUCUGGAAACGAAGAAAUAUUUGAAAUAGCUGAAUCUUUUGAGAACUAUUCUAGCAAUACUGUAACUGUCUCACUGGAUGAACAGAAUUCAGAAGAUAAAGGUGCUGUUACCUCUAAUAGUCUUGCUCAAUUUAAUAAAGAUGCCGCUUGUCAGGAGCCUUGUACUAAUAGCAUAUCAGUUCUAAAGGAGGCAAUGAAUACAACACUCCCUGUUGACAGUGACUUGGUAUGUAUUGGGGAAGAAUCAAGAAAUGACAGAACUGUAAAUACUAUUUUAUCUGACACUGUGAAAACAUCUUUUCUUAAAGACUACCUCGUUUUAGACUUUGGUCUAAUAGACUCCAUAGACAGAGCUAAAAGCACCUCCAGCCGAUAUUCAAAAGAAUAUGGGAAUUGUGAUAGGGAACUGAAUGAUAUUAACGCCUGUCAGGAAGAUAAAAUAAUCCUGAGUGCCCAAGAAUGAAAGAAGCAUAAGUUUAGAUUUACUGAGCUUGAGAUGUACAGUUUUUCUGGCAUCCCAAGAGAGAAAGUCAAGUCCAAGAAGCUCACGGUAGAAGAGCUAAUUAAAAGAAAUGAAUUCUAUUAUAAAAAUUAACAAAACAGCUAAGCAAUCAGCUAUGUCUACCACUACUUAUCAAGAAUGAGGUAAAUUGAAAAUUCACUUAUUUUACAGUACUUCUGGAAGAAUUUAAUAUCCAGAGAUUAUAUAGGAAAAUUUGUAUUAUAUACCGUUAAUUGUUCAGACUUUACUUAGUUUAUAUUUAAGGAAAUUAAGAGGCAAAAAAUAGGAUUUUUUUCAGUCACCAAUUAAAACAAUACAUAUUUCUAUGUUCCUGAAAAUUGCAAGAAAUAUUUUACUAUAUGACAGUUUUUCAGAAAGAUAAUCGAUGAGUUUUACUCUUUAUCAUUUACAAAAAUGUUAAUAGGUGAAGCACCUGGUGUGCACAAAAUAAGGAAAAAUAUAUCCCUAACUAUUUUUUGUAUGUAUUAUUAUUAUUGUAACUAAGCUGUUGCUCCAUGACAUAUUAAGCACAUUCAUUGUGUUAAUUUAUACUACAAGAUAUUUUUUUUUUUUUGUAAUAUCAUGUGGUACUUAGUUUGAAACAGACUCUGCUUUUUGGCAAAUAGUACUGUUUUCCUAUAUUCCUAGAGCUGCUAUGCCGUUACAGUGGAUGACAGGGGAAAAAAAAAAAAAAAAAAAA